GUCCAUAUUAUAGCACUUCCAGCUUGGUUAUCGAGCCUCUAAUUUAAUUUCUAGUAAGGCUUGUAAUAUUUAACUAAUAGUUGUUAUACUUUUGAUGUAACGUAAUAAGUGAUUACUCAGUGCAUAAUAAGUCGAGCAAUUAUUGACGAGGUUAAAUAGAAUUGUGUAUGAGUUGCUUUAAUAACAAUAACAAUACCUACACAAAUCACAGGACGUCAAUCAUUGCCUUAUUUUUCAGAAUUUUAUCCAUGUAUGAUAAACAGGCCAAAGGCAAUUUAAAAUAUGAAUUGAUAUAUAAAAAAUUAAAAUCGUUGAUAUUUGCUACAUUAAAACUUAAAGAAUGCGAAAGUAUUACCAAGCUGCACUUGCUGUGACCGCUGUAGUGAGUCUUGUGUCUCUAUUAUUUUAUAGACAUGAAUACAAUAGGUUAAGAUAUGUCUUAGAAGUUUUCAAUUACUUUGGUAAGCCGAACCAAAAGAACGUUGAAACAAACUGUACAAACAAUGUGCCAGUAAUCACUAAAUUUAAUAUGAAAUUUGAGGAACCUCUUUCCUCUUGGCAAAGGUUAGAUAAUGAUUUAUAUGUUUAUUCUGCAUAUAAUAUACAUGAAAAAGAAGUUCAAGUAAUAGGCUUUGGUUCGCUAAAUAGCAUUCAAGACAUGCAAUGUGUGAUAUUCUUUGAAAAUGAAAUUAAACCAAUUUUAGGGAGCUUUACAUAUAUUUUGAUCGGUAGCGAUUCUAAUGUUACAAACACUGAGAAAAGUUCAAAUUAUAAUGGGUAUCAUUUCUACUGUACGUACACCAAAAAUAAAAUACCAGUAGGGAUAACAUUUCUAACAAAGUCCAAUACGAAUCUUAACAACAUGCCCAUAUUGCCAAUUAAAAAUCAAUCGCGUAGUUUAAAUUAUACUAAUGUUGGAGUAUGUGUAACACCACCAUUAACUAAACCCAUGCAUUCAUCAGAUAUGAUUGCUUUCAUAAAUUUUCAUGAUACAAUUGGUAUGGAUAAUUUUAUAAUAUAUGACUUUGGUAUUCCCAGUGACUUUAAUGGUAACUUAAAAGAAUUAUCCAAGUCUCAAAAUCCAUAUUGGAAGUUUACAUAUGUAACAGUGCCAUGGAACUUUCCUUUUUCUGAAAUUCAUCCUAAUAUAAUCAAGGAUCUUAUACAGGCUGAUUGUCUGUAUCGUACAUACAAAAAAGUUAUGUAUGUUAUUACCAUGUCGUGGGAAGAAUAUGUAGUUUUAAAAUAUCAUCAUUCUCUUAUCGAUUUAGUGACAGAUUUUAAACGAUCUAGAAUGAAAGCUAAUCAUUACAAAAUAAAAACAUUGAUAUUUUGUACACAACAAGCAGAUAAUGCGCUUGUUAAAAAUUCAACAUAUACAAUCUUUAAAAAAACACAUAUUGAUCCAAGUAUUAUUGAUAAUCUGCCCACUUAUAUAUAUAAUGCACAUGAAACUUUAAAGAAAGGUAAUGUUUAUACGCGAGAAGUUGGAAAAGAGUUAGUUACGUUAAAUCGGUAUAAAUAUUGUUUUGAGAAACCAAAUCCAGAUGCAAGCACCCAAGACACUACAAUUUUAAGGUUUAAAGAAGAUAUACAAAACUCACCAAUGUUUAAAAAGUUCAUGACAGAAAGUAAACUUUUAUUAAACAAAUGAUAAUAAAUAAUAUUCUUUUUAGUACUUCCAACUCACAAUUAAUGUAUAGUUUCAAUACAAUUGCCAUAAAUAAUUUUAAUUGGAAAGUCUGAUCUAUUUAUAAGUAUAGUACAAUAUAAAUGUAAGAAUGUAAUUGUGUAACAUGAAAUUUUCAAAUGCUGUUAAAAAAAUUUUAGUAUAAUGCAAAACAUCUAUCACUUUAAUACUUACAACUUCGCAAUUUGUAUACAAAUAUAAGUAUUCCUGAAGGCCUAAUAAUAGCUGUUAUAUUAAAUACCUUUCAUGCAUUAAUAUAUUUCUCUGUUCGAAAAAUUUUAUUUUUGAAAGUAAAUAAGAAACAUUUUCCUAACUUAUUCGUUAUUAUUUAAAACAAAAUUUAACUCGAAGUCGGGACAAGUCGGAAAAAGAUCGUGUCAGGUUGGAUCAGGUUCCCGAAGUUUUCUGUUUUCGAAAGAGUCAGGAACGUUUAAUUAGUAAAUUAAAAUCUUGAAUAUUGUCGAAGGUCCUGAUUCUCUCGGAAAUCUCAAAAGCUUCGGAGACCCGUUCCGAUUCAACCUGACAUUUUUGGAUUUUUAUACACCUCUAGUAAUUGUACACAUAUAAAAAACAAAUUAUUGCAUUGAUGACUUUAUUAUCAUUGUACAAAAGUUUCUGUAAUUUAAUUAUAUGUUACUAAUAGAAAGUUCAAUGUC